AUGAAGGUUGGUGACGAUUUGAAUCUGGGUAACAACUUCAUUUUCGAUAUCCCGAAAGAUGUUAUAUUUCCAUCAGAGUUAAAUAAAUUUCUUAAAGACAAAGUAGAGUUCGAACUGUUCGUUAACCGAUCACCCACUGUAUUCUAUUUAGUGCAUGAAAAUGGGAGACUGAAGAAAAAUUUAUGUGACUCCGAAUCGGAGCUGAAGCAAAGUAAAGAUCAGGUUUCUAAGUUGAUCUUGAAGGUCGAGAGAUUGGAAUCUAGCGAUAAUAUAGUUCCAGUUCGGAGUAAAAUCGUGGAAUUAAGCAGAAAGCUUCGUGAUAAAAGCUCUGAAUUUGAAGCGCUGCGAUCAAAAUGCGCCAAAUUCGAACAGGAAUUGGUGAAAGUCGAGCAAGACAAUAAGAAGCAAAUUUUCGUUGAAAAGACUGUUGAGCCAAGUAAGCCAAUAAAUGACUUAAUUUCCGAACUGAAAACUGCACAAGAAAAAUUGAACAAUUCCAAUUCGAAAUUGUUCGAAGAGAAGAACGCCAAUUUAAAGCUGAAGCACGAAUUGAAGCUUGCGAAUAAAUUGCUGCAAGAAGAAAUUGGCGAUGGUUUUGAGAGCGUUCAGCAGAUUACAAACAAUGUAGGUUGGAAAGGUAGAGCUCAAAUAGUAAUGGAUUUGCAGAAGAAGUGCAACGAUUUGAGGGAAAAACUCAAAAGCAACCAAGAUAAAGAUUGCGCCAAGAGUGCGGACAGUGCGAAUCAGAAAAAAACUUUAUUGGAGAAUCGCUUGGAUAAAUUGUCCAAAGACCACGGCGCCUUGCUUCAAGAAACCGGUGAAUUAAAACGAAAGUUAGAGCUUGCAAGGAGUCGGUAUAAGAGUUUAGAAACGGAAUGCACCAUCUGGAAGACCAAAUUUAAUUCUACUUCGGAGCAGAUCGAACGUGAUCGAGAAUUGAUUACUAAUUUAUCUGCCCAGAAUGCCAUCAGCCAAAGUAAUCAAUCUGAGCUACUGAAAAAGAAAGAUUUAUAUGUGGAUAAGGUUCAGAUUGAAAUGAAGGAAUUGAAGCGGGAAUUGAAGAAGGAAAGGUGCAAAGUUGAGAAUUUGGAGAGGGAUUUGAACGAUAGGGAAACGAAAAACGAUCCGAGAGUUUUAAAUCGAUUGGAGGCGGAGAGAAUGAGAUUGUUAGAGUUGACUAACGUUUCCAGCAAACGAUUGAACGAAGAACGCGAUGCUAGAAGCAACUUGGAGAAUUUGUAUCGCAGGGAACGACAGAGAGCGGCCAAACUGGAGGCGAAAAUUGCUAGAUUACAAUUGGAGGAUGAUAGAUGCAGCUAUGCUUCAAAGUAUUCCAACUUGUCGGAGAACGCUUUGCAGUGCAAACUGGAAUUGGCCGAAGAACAGGUUAAAGCUCUGCAGACGAAAUUAGAAAUUGAGAAGAGGGAACGAGAUUUUGAUUUGCAGGAGUUCACGAGGAUUUUGAAAGGAUGCGAAUAUCAAUGA